AUGCAGACCCUAGAGAUGAAGGCUUUGCUCCUGACCGUUAGCCUCUGUCUGGUUGCUGCCCUGCAGGCCCAGGACUCCUCAUCCCUUGCUUUCAAUAAUGUGAAUUUUUCCGGGAAGUGGUUCAACAAGGCCAUGGUGUCAGAAGACGAGUUCCCAAUAAGCAAGGUCACACCCAUUUUUAUCUUGGUGCUGAACAACGGAGACUUGGAGUUUUCUGUCACAUAUAUGAUGUACGGCCAGUGCUUUGAAAUGACCAUCAUCUUGGAGAAAACAGAUGUGCCUGGGCAAUACACUGCCUUUGAGGGUGAGACCCACCUGAAGGUGCAGGUGCAGCCAUCUUCUGUGAAGGGUCACUACAUGCUCUACUGUGAGGGGGAAGUGGAGGAGAUGAGCUUCACCAUGACCCAGCUCAUAGGGAAGGACCCCCAGGAAGAUUUGGAGGCCUUGGAGGAAUUUAAGGAGUUCACACAGCUAAAGAGACUUGUUCCAGAGAACCUGCUCGUUCCUGAACAGAUGGGUGAGGGCACAUGCAACCCAUGA